AUGUCCACAUCAACAGCGGGUGCUUGUUCAUGUGCGGGUGGUGAUAGCGCGUUAUCAACAACGGCCAAUAUCAUUUCGAUCCUUAUCUUUGCCUACGUUCUGCUCGUCGGCGGUCUCUAUCAAUUUGCAAGCUAUCAGCAGUCCAAUGGUGACACUUCAGAGCUGCUCGAAAAGGCAGCUGAAUUCCGAACGCAGACUCACGAGCUCAAGACGAGACAUCAGGAAAUGAACGCUAAACUUAAAGGGUUGGCUAAAGACACGGCUGUGCAAGCACAAGAGCAGAACACAAAUGUGACUAAUAUUAUCGGCAAUGUUGAAAAAGAGAGAGGACAUAAGUGGUGCUUCAUAUGGCGGGAGAUCACAUUCAAACCAUUGAGGGAGCGAGUGGGGUUGACACAACAGCUAGAUCUUCUUCAAGGUCGCUUGCAUUUGAAGGUGUAG